AUGAACUCUCCCACCACCGAAAAACACGACGCAAGCAUCCACCCCUCUGCGCUAGAAAUCGCCACUCAUGCCGUCGCCCAACUAGAAGACAACCCGCUCUUCAACAGCGGCCACGGCGCAGUCUUCACCCGCGACGGCAUCAAUGAAUUGGAGGCUUCGGUAAUGGUCUCGCGGGGCUUUAAGAAGCGCGGCGUGGGCGUCAUGGGGCUGAGGAGAGUGCGGAAUCCGAUCCUGUUGGCGAGGAAGAUGCUUGAGCGUGGGGAGCGGGAUCUUGCGCCCGCGGGAUCUGUGCCGUCGACUUCUUCUGCUCUACUGCUGGAUGUUGAUGAGAGUGUGCAUGGGGGAUUGAACGUUCCGUCUGCGCAGGGACAUACACAGCUCCACGGCCAGACGGCGGAGCAAUUGGCCCAGAUGUAUGGCCUGGAAAUGGUCGACCCGAGCUACUUUUUCACGCAGCAGCGCUGGGACGAACAUGUGCGUGCGUUGGAGCGCGAGCAAAAGGGGUUGGGUUCGGGCAUGUGGCACGCGGAGGACCAUCUUCCGCAGGGAACGUGCGGAGCGGUGGCUUUGGAUGCCGAGGGCGUGGUUUGCGCUGCCACGAGCACGGGCGGGAUGACGAAUAAGUUGACGGGCCGGAUUGGCGACACGCCCGUUGUCGGGGCUGGGUUCUGGGCUGAGGAAUGGGAUGAAGAGAGAUUGGAGGAGCUUGUUGUUGAGAGGGCGAGGCCUGGCGUGAGUUUUGCUGGGCCGUUGAAGGGGUUGCUUGCGGAUUGUUUGCCCACGCCGUGGAUGUAUUCGCCCGCCGGACAGUGUGUGGCCUCGUCUUGGACGCGAUCCAUGGGGUUUUCGGGGACGGGGAACGGGGAUUCGUUUCUGCGUGUUAAUGCCGUGCGUACGGUUGCGGCGAUUGCGCGAUAUAAGCCUGUUGCUGGAAGCCAGGCGUUGGCGAGAGUUGCUGGUCCGGGGGGCGAGUUGCAGAAGAGUGCGGGAAAUCGAUGGGGUCGGACGGGAGAAGGCGAGGGCGGGAUAAUUGGUAUCGAGUGUGUUUUGGAGCGAGAUGAAGAUGGCGGUGUUGUGGGUGUCAAGUCGGAAGUGUUGAUGGAGUAUAAUUGUGGUGGCAUGUAUAGGGCUUGGAUUGAUGAUGAUGGGGAGGCGGUGAUGAGUAUCUGGUCGAAUGGAUCUGCAGACGAGCUAUAG